CAAGCUCCUGGAAUAGAUACAGUGCGGUACCGUACAGUAUUACAGUAAUAUCAUGGGACAGUCACUUGACUGCAUCCCACGGUCACCCAAUCCCACUUGGCAUGGAGGCGAAAGCGUGUCCCUAAGCGUCUUGGCAUGCUUUCAGCCGCCUAAUUGCCAAAAUGUGUGCUCGACAAAAAAGCUCCUUCCACACGCUUCGAUGGUCUGCUGCCAACUCCUUUUUUGCUCUGUUUGAUCCUAUAUUCUUGGAAUAGCUACCCCAUACGAGGAAACUCUCGAUAGGCGGAAACCUUUGCAUGGACUGAUCCGGUAUAUUUGCUAUCCAAUUACCUACAUACCCCCCCGAUUGAAGCUUGGACAGGAUGCGAUUGCCCAAUUUUGGGGGAAGGCUCUCCGUGGGCCUUCUCCUGCUAUCACCUUGUGUGCGACUGGUUUCCUGCGGCCCUGCUGUCAGUGUUGCACUUAAGGCUUCCUGGAAUGGCGCACCAUUCUUGUUGGAACUAUUGUGAGUGCGAAGAGGGGAACAUCAUCGCUCCCAUUUUUCACGGGGCGUCGUAACCUAACACCGGGCUGUCUAAAAAUAGGGAAACCGCCGCUGACGAGGUCGGCCCUUCGUAUUUUCCUCUGCUCGAUCGGAUAGCGGCGGGAGACUUUGCCGACAUAGACUCCGACGAAGCUCUUUACCACGCCUUUCUACGGGUUGCACGGGAGGAGGGGUUCUUGGUGGGCCAGGAGGAGCUUGCUUCCUUCGACUUUGCCUUGUCGAUACAUGCGGCUGCUCCGAGAAUAGAAGCUCACUACCACUACUAUGAGAACUCUUUGGAACCUAUGAUGGGGAGGCUGUACGAUGCCACUUGUCAAGUGUGGCUUCAAUGGAGUCAGAAACAAGUUUGCGGCACUGGUGGUGAUUUUAAGGACAUGUUAAAGUCCUGGGAGAGAUAUCAGAAGUACGGCAUCUUGUCAUUGUUUGAGUGUUUUGUUUGCGGGAAGGUUCUAACGGCUUCCCUAGUGAUCGACGGAAGCUCCAGUUUGACCGGGUGCUGGAGACACGGGAGGACAAACCGGCUGCAAUCCUUUAUGCCGAUAUUGGUGCCCCAAAUUUCAAACAGUUUCACGAGGUGCUCAGGGAUUACGCCAAGCAAGGGGUACUUACCUAUCGCGUGCGAUAUAAGCCCCGGACCAAUGGAAAGGGGCGCCCUGUGAUUCUUGGUGGGUAUGGCGUUGAAUUGGCUCUCAAGAAAACAGACUACAUUGUUAUGGAUGAUCGUGAUGUCUCAGGUGAAGGUGAUGUUAGCAAGGGCAAGGAGACACAAAUUCCUGUCGGAGAACUGGACGAUCAGGAGGUCCAGGAUAUUAAGCCUCUCCACCCAAAGGAUAUGUCAUUCCUUGGAAUGAAGGCUGCCAGUUUUGUCAUGGAGAGCGGUGAUCCCCUGACCAUGCUUCUGAAACUUCUGCAGGACUUCCCGAAACACGCCUCCUCUGUGGCGGCCAUCGACGUCAAUCCGGAUGUUGCGGAUGCACUUCAGGAAAACUGGGAUUCCUUUCUUGGCCCUGGCCAGAAUGCUCUUUGGAUCAACGGGGUCCAGCUGGAAAACUCCGAUGUUAAUGCCUUCGCGCUUCUCGAGCAUUUGCGAAGGGAGAGGAGAUUCGUGAAUAGCUUCAAGGCCCUCGGGGUCAACUCUUCCGAAGCUGUCCAGUUACUGUCCCACCAGAUACUUGCCAGUUCUAGGCAGGAUGAGGCUCCGCAGAGGUUCGACUACCGCGAUAGUAUCGAGGGUGGAAAGGCCAUCAUUUGGCUCAAUGAUUUAGAAAAAGACUUGCGAUAUCGAGAAUGGUCUUCCGCAGUUGGUACGGUAUGCGGUUCUAGAUAGAUCUCUCCGUUAUCCGUGCCGUAUCAUGUAGCUAAACGCUCUUAUAGCUCCUCCGUCGUGUCUACCCCGGACAGCUGCAUCCCCUCAGGCGCAAUGUGCACCAUCUUGUCGUUCCCGUAAAUCUUGCCUCUAAGGAAGAUCUGGCUUUGAUUGCCGAGCAGUUGCGUUUGUUCGUCGAUAGGAAGAUUGCUCUCCGAUUUGGACUGGUACCUUUGACCGGGACCCCUGAAGGUCUGCGCAUCUCACUUUUGUAUAACUGUUGCAAGUGACUGACUGUGAUCCGAUAUAGCUGUUGCACAAGCAAAGGUCUUCUAUUACUUGAAUGAUGCUUAUGGCCUUCCGGUUGCUUUGGGAUAUCUUGAAUUGGUUAGUUGGAUUUGUAUUGCUGCCUGGAGACCCUUGCUGACCGGCCGUAUAGGCGCUUGAGUCCGGCCAAUUCUCAAUGCCAAAUGCUAAAGUCUUGGAGCAAGUUAUCAAAGGGGCCGAGGUCAUUGAGGGUUGGACCGCGUUGCCUUUGGAGGAGGUGUUGUCCUCCGAGGCUGUUGGGGAGCAUAUUAAGGCGUCUAAAUCAUGGGCUGGUAGAAUGGGUGCAAACUCUCUUAUCCCUCCAGUGUUCAUCAAUGGCCUUUCCGUGGCUAGAGACGAGGUAUGCGAGCGAUUUUCAGUUACAGAGGACUUGGCUGAGACGGAAUAUUAUAGCAAUGGAUGCAAAUUAUGAGCGCCCGCCUUCAAGGCGAUGUCCAGUUGACCCAGAGAGUAGUGUAUGAGGAAAUCGCCAAUGACGAGACCGACUUCGCCGCUCUACUUUUGGGUAAUGCGGCCACACGUCGGAAUUCCUAUAUCUUCCCGGAGGGCGAGGAGUCUAUCAGAACUAUAAAUGUUGGGAAGCUCUUGAAAGAAUAUCCUCACGUCUUCGACAGGUUGCCAACCAUUAUCUCGGAUAGGCCGGACAGGCUCGUCGAAUCCACUAUCUGGGUCAUUGGUGACUUUGAUGAGAAGGACGGAUAUGAGCUCCUCCAAGGUGCUAGCGAGCUUCAAAAGCUUGCACCAGGCGUGAACUUGGUUUCCAUUAACAACCCCCAACUUGUGAGCGGGAACCCCGCACUCUCUACACUUCUCCAUCAGCUUCACCAAGUUGGAUUCUUCAAGGGCCCCGAGCAGCUUCAACAACUCUUGGAAGAAGUGCCGCCACUGAAAGAGCAUGCCGAUAUUCCGAAGGCUGAGGCUCUAUUGCAAAUGCAGAUCCCUGAUGCCAAACCCUCUAGCUGGCGGUUUCCCGACCAUAUCGAGUCCGGGAACUUCUGGAGGGAAAGCCAGAUGAUGUUGGAGGCGGCUGGAUUUAAACCUGGGCAGAGGGGAGUGAUCAUCAAUGGACGUGUCGUGGGACCUGUCCCUGUUGAUGAGGAGUUUGGCGCAGAAGAUUUCAUGCAGCUCUUGGAGUACGAACACUCUAGAAGGAUUUUGCCUGCGUUGAAGGCUGCCAAUGAGAUGGGCGUUUUGGAGAAGCUCAAAGGGUUUGCUAUUCUUCGUGUAGCGUUGUUCGCAGUGCUGAUCGCUGACCUCUUCUAGUUCUCAAUCUUCUGCGUGCCUUACCAACCUGGUUGCUCUGAGUAACGUUCCCGAAGCUCCCACGAGCGUGUUCCAGGGCCCAUCUUUGGCCAGGACAGAUGCCUUCGAUAGGCUUUGGGAACAAGAACAUGUUGCUAUUGAGUCGGGAGAUAAGGGCAAGGCUAUCUUUCAAGCUGUGGCUUCCAUUGAUCCGGCCAGUGAGCUCGCUCAGAAAUGGGUCCCAAUCCUGAAGGUCUUGUCCGAGAUGAAGGGUGUGUAUAUGAAGAUAUACCUUAAUCCCCAGAGAGUGGUUGCGGAGCUUCCGGUCAAACGAUUCUACCGACAUGUUCUCAACUCUGCCCCGAUCUUUGAUGAAAAUGGGUAUUUACAUGCUAUCCACUUUGUGUUUUUGUGGAAUCUUUGGCUAACGUUAUCUAGUAAUCUCGCUGACCCCCAAGCUCGGUUUGAAAAUAUCCCGGAACUCCCUUUGCUCUCUUUGAGUAUGGAUGUCCCCCCAUCUUGGCUGGUAACGCCUAAGGAGUCACCAUAUGAUUUGGACAACUUGAGGAUCCAGUCCCUAAAGGAUCGCUUGAAGGGAAGUGAUAUCGAGGCACUCUAUGAACUUAGGAGCAUUCUUAUCGAGGGACAUUCUACCGAUAUCGUUAAUGGGGGGCCACCAAAGGGAGCCCAAUUGGUUCUUGGCACCGAGAAGGAGCCUCAUUUCGCAGAUACUAUUAUCAUGGCAAACUUGGGCUAUUUCCAAUUCAAGGCAAACCCUGGGUACUACAAGAUGGAGUUGAAGGAAGGCCGCUCUAAAGAGAUCUUCCGCAUCGACAGUACGGGAACUAAGGGUUUCCAACAGGGCAAACGUGCGGUAACCGAUGAGGAUUCCGAAAUCGCAUUGUUGAGCUUCCAAGGAGCCACUUUGUUCCCGAGAUUAUCAAGAAACCCGGGAAUGGAGGUCGAGGAUGUCCUUGAACAGUCUACCGGCGCGCCGAAGAAUGUUGGAGACUUUGCCACAAAGUUUCUUAAGAAGGCGGAAGGCGUACUCGUGAAUUUCGGAUUCCUUGCGCCGGCCGCGGAUUUGAAGCCUCGAGCUGAUAUCAAUAUUUUCUCUGUUGCCAGCGGCCACCUUUACGAGAGAUUUUUGUACAUCAUGAUGCUUAGCGUCAUGAAGCACACCGGCAAAUCAGUCAAAUUCUGGUUCAUUGAGAACUUCUUAUCGCCCUCAUUUAAAGAUUUUAUCCCAAUAAUGGCAAAGGAGUACGGGUUUGAGUACGAAUUGGUCACUUACAAAUGGCCCCAUUGGCUUCGCGGUCAAAAGGAAAAGCAGCGCGAGAUUUGGGGAUACAAGAUUUUGUUCCUUGACGUCCUUUUCCCCCUCGAUCUUGACAAAGUCAUCUUUGUCGACGCUGAUCAGAUUGUCCGAACAGACAUGAGUGAGCUCGUUGACUUGGAUCUCCAGGGUGCGCCAUACGGCUUCACGCCAAUGUGUGAUUCUAGAGAGGAAAUUGAAGGCUUCCGCUUCUGGAAGCAGGGCUACUGGAAGAACUUCCUGAAAGGCCUUCCGUAUCAUAUAAGGUGACUUUUCGUGUCUUACUUUUGAUUGUCUCUAGCUGACUUUCCCAGCGCUCUGUACGUCGUGGAUCUUAAACGCUUCCGCCAAAUCGCCGCCGGGGACCGCCUCCGCCAGCAAUACCACCAACUCUCCGCGGACCCGCACAGCCUCUCGAACUUGGACCAGGAUCUACCAAACCACAUGCAAAGCAUGCUCCCCAUCCACUCCCUACCGCAAGAGUGGCUCUGGUGCGAGACCUGGUGUAGCGACGAGAGCCUUAAGACGGCAAAGACGAUCGAUUUAUGCAAUAAUCCUAUGACAAAGGAGCCGAAAUUGGAUCGCGCGAGAAGGCAGGUUCCGGAGUGGACGGCCUAUGAUGAGGAGAUUGCGGCGUUGGCAAGGAGGAGUUUGAAGAAGGAAGGAGGAGAGGAGAGUGAGGCGGCGAGGCGGGCAGAGAAGGAGGAGGAGACGAUGGAGGCACCAGAGGAGAGGGAAAGUGAGCAACCUACUAUCAAGGAGGAACUUUAGGCAGGUUGGGACGGGGGGAUCUGUAUUUGUAUUCAGUAGAAGGCGCUUGUAUCGUAGUGAUUAUUAUCUAGAACGGCGAGCUCAGGGUUCGUGGGCUUUUUUUCUUUCUCGGAUGUCUUCGUGCUCGUGCUGAGCAGUUAGAAAGAUGCAUGAGGUGUCACUCGGUGAGGGCCUGAGGGAAGAUAUUUUAGACUGUGAUACUCCUGCGCGACGAAUGGAUUUAUACCGUGUGCUGCUCUAGAUCAUCAGGAUACAGUAUUAUUCGGAAGCGUCUAACGCUGCACCCGGGGUU